UCUACACUGAAUGGAGCCGCUGCCCACACCGCCAUCAGCGCCUUCACUGCCAUCCCCGCUGUCCUUGCAGCCCCCGCCAUGGGCCUAGAACUGUACCUGAACCUGUUGUCCCAGCCCAGCCGCGCCGUCUACAUCUUCGCCAAGAAGAAUGGCAUCCCCUUCGAACUGCGCACUGUGGAUAUUAUCAAAGGGCAGCACAGAAGCAAGGAGUUCUUCCAGAUCAACAGCCUGCAGAAAGUGCCUGUGCUCAAGGAUGGUGAUUUCAUCUUGACCGAAAGCUCAGCCAUCCUGAUUUACCUGAGCUGUAAGUACCAGACGGCGGACCACUGGUAUCCAUCUGACCUGCAGGCUCGUGCCCGUGUUCAUGAGUACCUGGGUUGGCAUGCUGACUGCAUCCGCGGCACCUUUGGUGUACCCAUGUGGGUCCAGGUGUUGGGGCCACUCAUUGGGGUCCAGGUGCCCGAAGAGAAGGUGGAACGCAACAGGACUGCCAUAGACCAGGCCCUGCAAUGGCUGGAGAACAAGUUCCUGGGGGACAGGCUCUUCCUUGCUGGCCAGCAGGUGACGCUGGCUGAUCUCAUGGCGCUGGAGGAGCUGAUGCAGCCGGUGGCUGUCGGCUACGAACUAUUCAAGGGACGGCCACGACUGGCAGCAUGGCGUGAACGAGUGGAGGCUUUCCUGGAUGCUGAGCUGUGCCAGGAGGCCCACAGCCUCAUCUUGAGCACCCUGGAACAGGCGGCCAAGAAAACCCUCCCAACACCCCCACCAGAGGUCUAUCCGACUAUGCUACUUCGAAUUGCCAGGAUCCCCUGAAGGGUCUGGAAUGGGGCCCAGGAGAUUCGCCAUGAGGAUUCAUUCUGUUACUUACUUGCCCCUGUUUAUCUUUCCAUCUUGCCCCAGUCCCUUGUCUCCAGCUUCAUGUGAAGCUCUGCACAGGCAAGACUGUGUCCUUGGCAGUGCUGCUUCUCCUUAGGUACAGCAUACAUAACCAGUAAGAGACUAAAUCUGCAAUACAUAAAAAACUCCUACAAAUCAGUAACGUGAAGAACACUCAAAAAUUGGUAAAUGUCAUCAGUGUUUUAAAUAUAAUAAAGAUUCCAAACACUUUGAAUAG